AUGGAAGUCAACUUUGAAGGGGAAAUAUCAGACACAGCUGUGAUUGUUUUUACCAUAGUUGUCAUAAUAUUAUUAAUUUUUGGAAUCCCUUCGAAUACCUUGUUCCUUUGGACAUUACUGAAAAUUAGACGUCUCCGAAUAAUCCAUAAUACCUUUGUAGGAAAUUUGGCUGUAGCUGAUUUUCUCAUCACAAGUUAUCUCUUGCCCUUCAAUCUCGUUUUUCUCCUCAAUAAAGGUGCCCGACUCCCCGACUCAUUAUGUAGAUUCAAUGGAAUGAUUGCCAAUAUCGUCUUUUGUUCAUCGGUUUUAUCGGUGUCAACGAUAGCGGUUCAUCGAUAUGUCAAAAUCUGCCAUUAUUCGUUAUGUUCGAGAAUUUACACAAAGACCUCUGUUUCGUUAAUUAUUGCUGGUGUUUGGAUCGUAGGAUUUUUAUUUUCAAUCCCUCUCCUAUGUAUGGAAGAUUCCUUAAUCUUUGAUCCAACCAUGCAAAUGUGCGUCUUUAACCGUUAUGUCAGCCAGUCGUACUCCGUAGCCUACCUGUUUGUCUGUCUGUUUCUCCCCAGCAGUGUUACGAUGGUUUGUUAUUACAAGAUUUUUGUCUUCAUACAACGGCACAAAGAGAAACUAAAAUUCUCCUGGAAUAACGGAAUUGGACAGCUACGAUUCAGAAAAGAUGUACGAUCGACCAAAUCGACAUUUGUGGUUUUUGUUCUAUACCUUCUGAUGUACAGUCUCUUCGGGGUGUUGGCUACUUUUUAUGAUGAACAUUCACAAAUCCCUCCCGAAGUUCAUGCAACUUCUGUUUAUCUUGCUUACGCAGGGUACCUGUAA